UCAGCAGUGAUGUUUUCAAACUUUUCUCUGGAUUGUAAGCCAGCUGUUUAUGUGGCUGGCAUAGCAGCUGCCGUGGUAACCUCUGUUUUUUUUCUUUACAGGUGGCAGCAGCAGCGGAGGAGCAAGAGGCAGCAGGAACGCAAAGUGGACGCUGUCCAAACCGAGGACGUCCGGAAGCUACCUGCCCUGGGCUCUGCACCUGUCCCGGCACCUACCUUGGCACCUGCUCCAGCGCCUGCUCCGGCACCUGGCCCAGCACCUAGCUUGGCACCUGCUCCAACGCCUGCCCUGGCACCUGGUCCAGCACCUAGCUUGGCACCUGCUCCAGCGCCUGCUCCGGAACCUGCCUUGGCACCUGCUCCAGUGCCGACCCCGGCACAUGGCCCAGCAGUCAGUAAUGAGGAGGACAAUCGAAAUGACUACUUGAGAGGCAACCAGGCCGGACCUCUGAUCCCAUACUGGAAUUCAAGAUCCAAGAGCGUGAGGAGAAACCAAGUCUUGACUGAAAAUAGAUUCUCGGACUGGUUCACUGAUGGCGAGAAGAUUGAGGUGGUGACCUAUUAUUGUAGGUCAUAUUGCCUCGGCCCCACCUCUGUACAUACAUGGACGCUCCUCCGUAAUCUUUACAAACCCUACCCUGGGCUAUCAACCAGACACCUCGGGUGGAUAAAGACUACGCUCAUCACCAAAUGCCGGGGAAACCAAAUUGCUCAAUUGCACCACCACACUGAUAUAAAGAGGGUCGACACCUUUCUCGUGCCAGGAAACAUACUGAAAAAGGUUAACGUCGAGGAAAAUGGCGUGUGCUGGUCAACAGAGUCCGACAGCACAGAAAUCAAAGAGGUUCCAGUGUUCACACCACCGACCACUGGGACAUUUUCAGACCUAUUCCCACGACAUGCACAUUAGAGAAGCAGCCGAAUAAAAAUAAAAAGAACGGCGGUGUGUGAAACUACUCCAGGCAAUAGAUUGACGAAGCGUGUGAUGACAUCCAUACAGAUGAAUUCCAGGGAUUGAUCCAAACAUGUUUUUGCA